ACAUAUAUAUUUUGUUAGUUUGUCAGGAUUAAAGGUGGAAGUAUUUAUUAUUCACCUAUGUGUAUGUAAAUUGUGUAUAUUUAUGCAAUGGACAACUUAUAAAAUAUUAAUGUUACUUUUAAACCCACACUAUGUGUGCAUAUUAUCACUUGUUUUACAUGUUUACUGAGUUAAGAACAAUGAUGACCUCAAAAUUAAGCUAGGGUUUAUUCCUCUUAUAUUUAAAGAAUGCAUAAUAUUUAGUAAUAUGAUCUACUCCUUUUUUAGCAUAAUAUUCAUAUGGCAACUAUUUAUUAAAUGACUGUGAAAAAUAAGUGUUAUAAGAAUUGUAUUUUAAUAUAAAUUUUAAAAAAUUGAGUAUUAAACUCAAUGAAAAUAUUUGUCUCAGCACAAUGGCUCUUUUUUUGAAAUUUUGUGACUCAAACAUCAGACAUAGCCUAAAAUAAAAUUAUGUAGCCUAUAGUUUACCAGAUGUCAUCAACCUCAACAUAUUUGAAACCGUCCUGUGGAUAAAGGAGAGGCCGAUCAUCUGUAGGCCUGUAGCCGUAUACUGUCUGUCAUCAUGGGCCAUUGGCCUGUGCGAGGAUAUUUUCAAACAGAAUAAGGGAGAGAGUCGGUACAGUACGAGGUGGAUAGUACUGAUAAAAAGUGUUCUGCUCAAAGACGGGAUUUGAACUUGCGCUAUCUCUAACCUGGCUCACAAAGCCUAGCGCCUUAGACCUUUCUGCCACCAACUCUACAAAUCUUACAUGGAUGUGGAGAUGACAGGACAGUCAGGCCAGGAGACAGAAGGCUCUCAUUCCUCGUCUCAUUCCCAAGUCACCAUGAAGAAGCCGGAACGCCAGUAUUCCAGGGAAGAGCUGAUAGAGCUGAUGACACAUCCUCUCUCGAGUGUCAAACACCCCUGCUUGGACUCUCCGCAGAACAAGUCAUUAGUGUCGGGGAAGAGCAGUGUGCGGUGGCUGGAAGACCGCUGGGACCAUCGCAAGCGCACCGACUCUCUCACUGACGAAGAUAGGUCGGACAACUCUCUCGAUCCACAGAAGAAACGAAUGAAUGAUCCAAAAGCUGAGCGACUACGUAAAGAGCAGGAUGUGGUGCUUAGUCCACAACGCAGAAGCUUCAACUCUGGCUGCUUUGUGAACUUGCCACCACAGCAUGUCAACUCUACAAAUCGCAGGCCAGAAAGUCCUUUGAAGGGAGAGAGGGAGUCCAACCAUCGAGAUCUACCUUCAAGAAGGAUUGGAAGUGGAAGAAUCAUGCGAGAUCCUGUUUGGGACUUCCGCAACGUUGAGAAAGAAGACGUGUCAAAUCAGAACAUCAACAAUCAUGACUUCAAUUUUCGUCAGAGGGAUGACAGGUUUGAAAGGAGAACAUUUGAGAGAUCCCACGACAAAGAAAGACAACCACAGAGAAACUCACGAUACAAUAACAGCAAUGAGAGAAGAAAAUAUGAAAAAAACGAACCCGAGGAACCUGAAUGGUUUUCUGGUGGUCCUACCUCUCAGCAUGAUACUAUUGAGCUGCAUGGGUUUGAUGGACCCGUAGAAGAAAAACCAUCAACUUCCAAGAAACAGACGAAAACCAACAAAAGCAAUUCGAAGAACAGCCGGAAAGUAGCGGAGACAUUGAACAAAAAUGAACCACCAAGUGGCAAAAGAAACUUAAGUCGAAAAUCGUCUCCAGAAGUUGCAGAGACCAAGAGAUCCUCUUCUUCACCCAUCGCAGACACACCAGCUGAGUCGGUAAGUCAAGAUGACACACAAGGCGAGACAACUACCGAGAAAAGUUCAAGUGAGCCUGAUUGUAUCUUCAAUUUUGAAGAUUUCUUAAAUUUUGACUCUUUUCCUCCCCUUCUCUCGAUGGCCAAUGGUUGUGCGGACGAAAGAGGGAGUGGGUCAAGGUUCAGCCAAUUCUUCCGGCGCGAUAGUCCGUCGCCUCCGCAAAACACACAAGAUAGCCAACAUUCUUCAGCCCACGAUGAGAUGUUUAAUUCAAUGAUUAACGAAAUUACUAGUGGAAAUAUUACAAUACCUCCAGAUGGUGAAGCAUAUUUUGCACCCAUAUCACCAGCUGCGCCCAGUCUGAAGGAGGACCCGAACAAAGGACCAUCAGCCAGCCUUCUUGAAAUGCUUCAGAGAGGCAAUCAGGGUUUUCAAGGUCGAAAGAUCACAAAGAAACCGUCGCUGAAAGACCUCGAAGCUUGUGGAAAAAUCCACAGUGUAGAGGAGUUGGAAGCUCGGCUCCGCCAAGAACAAGGUAUUGGAAAACCAGCAGAGUACAUCAACCGCCCUAGCAACAAGGAGGAGGACCUUGCAGUUUUUAGAAAGCUGAUGAUGAGUAAGCAGCUUCAGAAUAUCCAGGAAUCAAAGACUUCAUCGCAUUCAAAUAUUGGUGGUGGUUUCCAAGGUCACCAGCAACAGCACAGCUCUGGUCAGCAACCUCCGAUGCCCAUCCCUCAUGACUUGGUUUUGAAACUGCUGCAGGUCCAACAGCAACAGCAGCAACAACAACAGCAGCAGCAGCAGCAGCAACGUCAGCAGGAGGCGUUUGCUAAGCUGAUGGUUCCUCAGACACAUCUCGCUCCGUCGUCUCAGUUUACUGUUCCUCCGCCUCUUUCACCUGACCUGCAAAUGCACAUCAACAGUCCCCAGUCCUCGAAAGAUGUGUUGCAACGUCCAGAAGCUCAAACUAUCCUAAGAAGUUUGAAGAGGGGAGAAAUUACAAUUCUCCAUCUGGUGGAUCAGCUCAAGAGGAAUACAAACUUGCAGCCUUUACACCGGGAAAUCAUUGCCAGUAUUAUCAAGCUUCAUGGAGUCCAGUCUAAUAUGACUCAACGUGAACCGUCACCCUCUGGUCUGGUUCCUCCUUCCACAGCUGAGCAGAUGCUGCAUCAGAUGAUGCACAGUCAGCAAACACAGCACCAGCAACAACAGCUUAGAAUUCCUUCACCCCAUGCCAAUGUCUUGCAACGAGUACCAUCACCAAGAGAAUUAGUUGCCCAUACUCAGAACAUUCUGCAGAACGCUCUUCUCAAGAAGAAACUGGAGGAGCAGAAGGAAAAUUUCCGAAAGCGGCAAGAGUUACAAAGGUCACAUUCGCCAAAUGUGUCCGUUGGAGGCCACGGCUCCUUGUCUCCAGCUAGCCAGCAGCUCAGUACAACCUCACCCACCCCGUUAGCCUUCACUCCCACAUCGGUGUUGCGCAAAAUGACUGCUGACAAGGACAAUGAGCUCGGAGGGAAACAGCAUCAACAGACUGAUACUACUCAACAGCCUCCCAAGCAAGGACGGGCAAUAGUGAAGGGGAACAACACCUUUUCAGUUCCUCCACCAGUGGUUCCCUCCGGUGUGGACUACAUGUCCAUGUCUCAGCAGUUCAAAACGGCGAAUGUUCAGCGCAACAAAUUGCCUCAGUCCGGAGGCAACCCAGCGCAGCAGUUCAUGCUUGGCAUGAAUCGUGGCGGUAUUCAGCCCCAGACCAAUACCAGAGUUCGCAACAUUGGAGCUUCAAACAUGGUUCAUUCGCAACAGCAGCAACAACAAGGCAUGAAUCAGUCGGUGCAACAGCUGCUGAUGAGUCAUAACUAUAACAGUCCCCAGCAACGCAACAAUACUCUUCUUAAACCAGACUGUCAGUCCAUGAUGAGAGGCCAGGGCCAGCACGUAGCUGGCCGAAACUACAACCUGGGCUACCAGGAGAGCUCCCACGAGCUAUCUACAUCUCCUGUCAGCAACCAACUUGCUCGGUGGUUCUCGCCGGAACUUCUGGCACAGGCACGUGCUGGCAAGCUUCCCGGCAUGCCUGCCUUCUCCCCCACACAGAACAUGUUGAGUGUCGAAGAGUUGGAGCGGCUUCAGCAGGCAGUACAUAACUGACUUUAAACUGUAUUUGUUUCCCUUUUGUAGGAGUUUAUUUAUUUUAAAAUCUUAUUUAUUUGUUUUAUAAACUACAAGGUUAGUCAGAAUUAUCUGUUUUUUUAUAUAUAUAACCUCUAAACAAAGUAGUUUUUUUUAUAAAUGUUUAAUGUAUAUUUUGUGAACAUUUAAAUGACAAUUUAAGAAUAUAGUCAUUCUUUUAAUUUACAUGAUCUCUAAUUCUGUGAGUAAUUGUAUAUUACACCAUUUCAUAAUUGGGUUUUUGCACUGUAUUUUACGCCAUUAUUUUGUUUUUUGUUCCGUAAUACAUUACACAUAACAUUACAAACUUACUAUUGUGAUACAACUUCUGUCAAAUCUGUGAAGAAAGAGAGGGAAUUGUUAUUACAAGUAAAGCAGAAAAUAACUUUGCAAAGAGGCCACAAACAUAAAUAAUACAAUAGCUCUAAAUUAGAAAUAAAUAAUUUUGUCUUGUAUUUCUUUGUGGUCUAGAAUAAAAAGAAUAGCAUAUCUUAAUUUUAAAAUGGCAAGAAAUUACAAAGAACAAAUACAUUUUUCAUGAUAAUAAUUAAGAACUUUUGAGUUUUUCUUCAUGUAUAUAGCUAGCCAAGUGUUUUUCGGUGCGUGUGUGAGAUACAAAAGUGGAGACAAUGAUGAACUAAAUAAAGUGGCUGUGAAAUGCAUGUUAUAUAUACAAUAUAUAUAUAUAUGUAAAAAUAUUGUUUUGGACGAGUGGCAGGUGUAUUCUAAUCCAAAACAUUUGAAAAACUUUUGAAGCAUAAUUGAUAUAGAAAUUUAAUGAAGUUUUGUUCAAAAUGUUAAAACUGUUGACAGAAAAAAGAAUUAUCCAAAAUAGACUUCUAUUUGAUGUUUAAGCUUUAACUGUAAUAAAUUAACAAUUAUUAUUGAAUUGUCAGUUAAACAUAUUAUUAUAUUACUUUUUAAAAGGUGUUGAUUUCAUUUUUACAAUUUAUUUACUUAUUGUUUUAUUAUAUCCGUAAUGCAUAAUUUUAUGUCCUUGUAGAGUUUAACAUUCCAAUACCUAAAUAGUUGUGACUUUUUGAAAAAGUUUUACACAUUUUAAAUUGUAUGUUCUUUUUUUUCUCUUUACACAAGUUUGUGUUUGAAAGCAUAAUUUUGUUUAAACAAGCGAAGAUCUUUAUUUUUGGUCCUUGUAAUAUUUAUAUUAAAAACAUGUGCAUAAGAUGAUGGCAAUAUUUGAAUUGACAUUGAAAUUGAUAAAAUAAAAACCAUUUACAGCGCUGUC